AUGGCGACUCGUCCACCAAGGCUUUCCUAUUUCUGUCAUUCAUGUGGUCAUCGAGGAACCAGUGCGGUAUGCCGAUACUGUGGAGGAAUGGACAAGACUACGGUCACUGACAUACCUCCUACGAUGGACUAUGACUACGUUGAUGAUGAUGACGAGGAAGAGGAAGAAGACGAUGAUGACCUUGAGGACUUCAUGGGCUCACCGCAAGGCAGUAGGCCCCUCAUGGUCGAGAGUGUCACAGUUAUGCCUGCACCGAGUGGUCGAUUUGUGAUGGCCCCGAACAUCAUUGAGGAGGAGCCAGGCUCGGAUGGAGACGAUAUCCCCUCGGUCCAUGCUGGUAGGAGGUCAGGCAGCGUCAAAGGGAGCGGCAAGGCAGUGUGCUCGGCGAUGUUGGAAUCACUAGAGAGGGAGCGGGUCCAUAUCUCACCAGCUGACUAUGAAGUACUUCGGGAAGAUCUGGCUAUGGACGGCGGUCGCUACUGUGCAAUAUGCGCUGAUGAGGAUGAUGACCCAGAUCCCUUCACUGACCUGCCUUGCGGUCAUGAGUUCCAUCUGGACUGUGUGAAGCUGUGGUUGACGAACAAUGCUUGCUGUCCAUUGUGUCGCUUUGAACUGCCUCAGACAGAUGUUGACUAUUACCGCAUGGUUGGAGACGACCUCAUGGUUCGUCUUCUGGAGCAGCAGCAGCAUCACUACGAGAUCAGGGAGGAGUCCAAGAGGCGGCAACACGCUCGAAAGGUCCACUUAGCACUACUACGAGGCUGUCCUCUGCACGUGGGACUGAACUGA